AUGUGGCGUGAUUUGGUAGAGAACUAUUCGGAGCGAACGUUGUGGAUGGCGGGGGCGGCCCUGCACACCGUCACCUUCGUUGCAUUCAAUGUAGGCCUCUACUUCAUGCAUCGAUACCAAAUUCUGGCUCGCUACAAGAUUCAACCGCUCAAAUACCCAACUGAGGAGCUCAUCCGCAAAGGACUCGUGGACGUGUCGAUCAAGCAUGCCCUGGCGCCCUUCGUCUUGUAUCUUUUGUGGCCUCUGGCGGAGCGAUGUGGAGUACACGCAACCCCCGAGCUGCCCUCCAUCACCGAGGUUGGCACCCGCGUGAUGGUUCAUCUGCUCGUGCACAUCCUGGUGCAAGACACCAUCUUCUACUGGACGCAUCGACUACUGCACCAGCCCUUCCUCUACAAGCGCAUCCACAAGCAGCACCACCAGUUCUACACGCCCGUGGGGAUCGCGUCUGAGUACGCCCACCCAGCGGAAGACUUCCUCACCCAGGUGGCCUUCAUCGCUGGGCCGCUCAUCAUGGGCUCGCACAUCUUCACUCUCUACCUGUGGCUCCUUCUGCGUCUAUGGGAGACUGUCGAUGCGCACUCUGGCUACGCGUUGCCGUUCCCUCUGUCGCCGUUCUCGCUGUUCGGCGUGGCCGACCAGCACGACUACCACCACUCGCAGAACAAGGGCUGCUAUGGCUCGUUCUUUGGGCUCUGGGAUUGGAUCUGUGGCACCGACGCCGACUACAAGAAGUGGAAGGCGGGCAAGGCCGUCAAGCGAGUCACCACAGACGCGGCCAAGGCCAGAGAGCAGUAA